CCUUGCUACGCGUAGAACUAAUGAGCACCAAGACAAAGAAGGCGGAUUCAGUCGAGGCUACUGAGAAACUUGUAUCCAAGUUUCUUCCUGAAGACAUUCGUCCUCCAAAAAAGCGUCAAGGAUUGACAUGGCGAUCCACUCCCAUGCCUCCUUGCAUUAAAAUCGGCAUCUUUCUUACCAAUCUGCGCGCUGGAAAGCCGGUAACUAAGGAAGCCGACGAAGAGUUUGUGGAAGACUUCACCUUAAGCUUAGACGAUAGUGAUAACAUUGAAAAAAUUCGCAAAGAAAGCGUUUUCAGUGAAGAAGUUACGGAAUCGGAUAUGGAAGUCAUCCAAAAGCGUGUGGCUUUCCAACAACAGCGAUUUGCACAGUACGAGCGUAGAGAGAAGAUGAGAAAGUCUUCAAAGAUCCGUACCAUGUUUGAUUAUGUCUGCGACGAAGAAAUAGAUGAGAUGUUGCUCGAUUGUGGCAAUGAUGAGGAUGAGGCUAUGUUCCGUCUCACACGCCAAGACUACUUGACUGGCAUACGCAGAGUCAUUGCUUCCAAGUAUGCACAAGAAGUUGAAACACAGGGCAAUGUUAUGGACGAUGAGCAAAAAGCAGCAUACCAGCAAUUGCUUAAAAAACGUUCUGAGACUUUGAAGAAGACUAGUACUGAUCAGGCCAAGAAACAAUAUCGUAUGGGAGGCAGACUGGCUUUGGAUGAUGCGCUUAAGCAAGUCAGAGAGAACAACCUUGAUCUCGAAAAGGCGUUUGAGGGAUGGUCACAAGCCCGUAUUCGAGCCUACCAAAUGAUUGACCAAAACCCCAACAGCUAUUAUUACCGAUUCAAUGCUCCCAACGAAGAACAGAGAAAGGGACAAUGGACCGAAGAGGAGAAAAAGGUUUUCUACAAACGUUUAGAAGAGGUUGGAGCAAACGGUCAAUGGGGAAUCUUUUCCAUGUCUGUCCCUGGCCGUGUUGGUUAUCAGUGCUCAAACUUUUAUCGGCUCCUUGUGGAGACUAAGCAAAUCAUUGAUCCCAAUUAUGUCUUGGAUGAGAAGGGCAAGGCUCAUUAUCUCUUCGACAAGAAGAACUCGAACGGUCAAGUUGAAAAGACUUUCCGCACUCACAGCAAACAUGGUGGUGGUGGGAAUGCGUCUGCGUCCGAGUCUCCACGACCACGUUCCACGCGGGCAAAGGCUGCACCGGCGACCAACGAUAAAAAGUCUAAAAAGAGAAAGCGUAGAGGCAAUCGAUGGGAUAGUGACGACGAUGAGUCUGAUGAUUUCGAAGAUUACAAUGACAACUCUGGUACAUUUACUAUGAGUAACUGGGGGACAACCAAACGCACCAGGACUCGAGCAUCGACUCGUACUACAGCCGAUGCUGGAUCGGAAGGCAGUGGUGAUAUGGAUCAAGACGAAGAAGAAUACGACUCUGAUGCCCCGGAUGCCAGCAAUCCAUUGCCUGGAUUUGUUGAUCCUAUUACUUUGGACGAAGUAGUCAAACCUGCCAUUUCAAAAUAUGGACAUGUAAUGGGAUACGAUAGCUGGGUGCGAUGCCUAACGAACUGGGAGGGUAAGAGAAACAUUUGUCCACUGACAAAGAAACCUCUCACCAAGCGAGAUCUUGUCAUUCUCGAUCACGACAACAUUGUAGAAUACAGGUCGAAAAUUGUUAACUUAUAAUGAAAGGGCAUGUAUUCAUUGUUUUGAAAGAACGAAAAUAAACAUGGAAAACUAUCCAACCGAUGAGGGCUCAUGCA